AGUUCCUCCGCCAGUGCCAGGGGGCAUUACACAUGGUUGUAUAAGGUGAGGAGGAGCUGGCAUUAAACAAGGAAGAGACCAGAGCUGCACUCACAAGCAGGACAUACAAGGGGUUAAAAGAGGAGGGGACUGGAGGAAUGGUAGAUCUGACAAGCUGGCUGUGAGAGAGAUACUGGCAGAGCGGCAGGGAGAGAUCAUCAGGUACAGACACAGGCAGUUACACAGGGAAACAAACCUGCUCUGUACACUGACAGGCUUAUUUACUGGGUACACUGACAUUAUACAGCAAGGAAUAUGUCUCCUUAAACACGAUCCCCCAAUAAGCAUUACUGUCAUAUUAUGGAGAUAUUUGUGUGAAAAAAUGGUCAGCGACAACGAGGAAGCUGGGGGUGAUGAUGAGAGAAUUUCAUUACACUCAGGUCUGUACAAUGGGCGUUUAUUGAGCGUUCUUCCCUACACAUCUCAAACAGAAGACACUGAGCAAUGUUUGAGGACUCUCCAGGAGUGUGGGAUCAAUGUACCUUUGGAGCAAUGUCAAAACUCUCUGCAGAUGUCACCACUCGUGCCAGAGCUUCACAGAUACAUUAUCUUCAGUUCCAGAGGCUUUGGAAUGGUUCUAAGCUUGAUACUGUACAUUUCCCUCUGGGUAAAUCUUUACUCCACAGUCCAGAUGUUCACUGAUAGUCACAGCUGGUUGACCAGCAUCCCUGUCACUUUAGCUGCCGCUGUUUUCACCUCCGUGGUCAUUCUCAUCAUCAAUCGACACCACAAAAAGAUAAAUGUUAACAUGGAUAUUAGGUUGGCAGCAGCCAAUGAGAUCUUCAUAGAACACAACGUCCUGCUGGGAAUCAGCGAUCAGAUGCACAACUGCUACAGUAACCCUUCACUUUACUUCAUCUAUUUCCAUCUGUGGGGCUGUCAGCAGAGGCUUUCCCAGUGUCUGGCUGCCAUGAGACCAGACUCUCUCCAGCGCUGCCUUGAUCAGUUGCUUAUUGUGAUUGAGAUUCCUGCAGACUCUAUGCUGGAUGAAGAUUGCUCUGCAGAUCUUGCAUCAGAGGAGACCACACUUCUGCCCAGCCAACCUCAUGACAAACCAAUCUUGUACAGCAAGAAGAUUCCACUCAUUGUGAAAGAUGAACCACAGGUGAUGGCUCGUCAGCUUCUUAUUAUGUCAAGUGCAUGCUAUGUGCGUCUCCUUAUUUCGGGAAGACUCCCUCGUGCUAAAGAUGUAGGUCAUGCCAAUGUCCCUGAUGUGCCCUGCCCAUGCCAAUUCAUUGAGCACAGCAUGUUCUGGUCUUCACAUUGCUCCUGAGCAAUAUGACAGAAGAGACAGUAAAGUAAGGGAACCACAGAGAGGAGGUGAUUCUCAGCUGAUUUCUGGUCCACGGUUGGAUGUGAUAGACCAGAGUCUUUUUCUUUUUUUUUGGUGAACUUUCACUAUUAUAUGGCACAUGGCAAGUCCAAUCUUUUCUACUGGGUUUUAAAGUACACAUGAUGUACAUUAGUAUAAGAAAAUGUUUAAGUAACCAGUUUCCUUAAAAAAAACAACCCAUACGUACUACAAUCUAUCAAUAAGCAUUAAAAACAUAGAAAUCUAUAAGCCGGAUGAGCCAGCUGCAAAGAGGAGAAAUCCCAUUAGUUGAAAUCUGGAAGUGCUGUGCAAUGACAAAGUAAAGCACCAUAAAAACAGUGAAGAAAUGCAUUGUGGUCCCUGGGCAUUAGACUGGACAACCCUGGUCAUUACAUUUACUGGACACCAUGUACAUUUUUUUCAUCUCCUCGUCUGAAAUGUAAGUGACUUUACUUCUCAAUCAGAGCUGGGUGUCCAGUCUUGCGGAACUGGUGCCCUAUGAUAGUGCCUUCUUUAGAAGAGACCUGACCUGAAUCAAAAGUGACUCCAUAAUUCACUCUAAACUGUGGUGAAGCUGAACACUUGGGUCAGGACAGACACAAUAAAGUAGUGAAAAGCCUUGGAAAUGCAUAAGGUUAUUCUGAGGAUUAAGUAAACAAGGAAUAUGGGCAAACGUGA